AUGUCGGACCGGUCAAUGUCGCGCCCCCGACUCUACAAGGACACACCGGGACCGCCUGCAGCGUGGCAGAAGCGGAGGGCGGUGAGCCUUCCCCGGUCCCAGCCGGAGCGCAGCGAGGGCCAAGACUGGGACUCAGGAUCACAGCACGCAUGGCGUGAGCACUCCAACGGUAGUUGGAGUUGGAAGACCGGAGGCUGGGACGACCAGAACGACAGCCAGGGUCAUGACUGGAACUACUCCGUCACAGGCUUGAUGGGCAGAUGGACGAAGACGGUCGGCGCUGACUGGGGAUGGGAAAGGCAGCGCGGCGACUGGAGCCGAGAUUCAGGCUACAAGAGUUGGGGCGCCGCCCAGAACGCCGGCGAGGCGUCAGGUCAGAAACGGAAGCUGGAACCCCACAACGAGGAAGCCGCCGGUACCGGCGUGAUGCUGCAGGUGGUGGACGGAGUCCCCGUUGUGUCCCUCGAGCGGGGAUCAGACAUGGAUUCGAACGCCGCGCCCCUCUUACAAGCCGCGCUGGAGAACCAUGCUCGGGCAGAGAGCCUCUACGAGCAGUGUGACAGCGCACCAGAGGCUGUGUGGGGCUCUGGUCUGUCGUGGUUGGAGCAGAAUAGGUGUUUCAACAAAUUACGGCCGGUGAUGAGAGCUCUUGCGGAGGUCAAGAAGGUCGCCGACAUCGGCAUCGCCAGGGCCGCAGCCCCAGCACAGCGUGGUCAUGAGCCGGUGUACUUGGAGGUGCUGCUGGCAGCUGCUCACUGGGCGCAUGGCCUCAUGCGGGGCUCUCUCAUUGCCUGGGGAGCGGCCGCACGCCGCCAGCUGAGCCUUCGGAUCCGCGCCCGGCGACUUGGCGAAGAACGCCUGGUGCCGGCGCUACGGAGGAGGGCGCUCGAGAGAUGGCAAUUUGCUGCGCGAGCCGAGGCCCAGCGCCGUCGUGCGGCCCCACGACGUGGCCGCCAGCUGUUGGCCACCGUCAUCGGUGGAUGGCGACAAGGCACCAGGCUGGAGCAGUGGCUGCGAUGCCUUCGCAAAAAGCAGCGGCUCCGGCGCACGAAGGCCGCCGUGAGGUGGUGGAGCUCGCAAGCAGACUUGCUUGCCCGGCGGAGGAGGACCGCGAGUGCCGUGAGAAGUCGCGUUCAAGCGAAUCGAUGCGAGAAGGUCGUGACUGCCUGGCGACAAUACGUUGCCGUGGCGUUGCGUCUGAAAAGGCACGUUCAGAAGCGAAAUCUGGCGAUCCUGGAACAAUUUCUACUCCACUGGCGUGAGCUCUGCUCUGCGCAGCUCUGGCGAAGGACCCGUCUAGAAGAGCGGCUGAUGAAGCGCCGGCUCCGUCCUCUGCUGGGUGCCUGGCAGUGGCACGUCCUCGCCGAGGCGUGCCUAAGGGCGAGGGUCUCCCAUCGCAGCCAAGCUCUGGUGCUACAGAGCUUCGGAAGUUGGCUGCGGAGUACGGCACGCGUGCGCCGGUGUCGCCAAAUGGAGGCGCAGCAGCACCUGAAGGCUGUGCCCGUCCUGCGCGAAACUUGGCGCGCUUGGCACCUCCAGCAGGGACGCGGUCAUGCUGCCCGCCUCCACUGGCGGCGUGCUUACCUGCAGGUGCAAGUUGAGGCCACACAGUGCAGUCUGCUCCAACAGCUCGCUUGGAAGUGCUGGCGGGAAAGUGCCGCUAUCACCAGGGAGAUGCUAUCAAAGUUUCGGAGGAGGCAGGCGAGCUUCUGCGCGCCUGUGCUGCGUGCGUGGCGAGGUCAGAGCCGUCAUGAGACCCUGGCGGACGCUGGCGAAGAUGUGGAGGCUUCAGACUGCCUGGAAGUCUCUGCGAGCACGGCAGAGGCCACAGAGGCCAACAGCACCUUGCGAGAUUUCCACCCCCAAACCGGCUGUGAGAUCAGUGCUUUCGAGAUUUCCACCAGCCUCUCGGAGAUCCGGGUGGUUUCUCCCACGGCCAGCGACUCGAAGCACUCGGACAAGGAGGCGAGAGAGCCCGCUUCUCUCGAGCUUGAGAUCCUUGAGACCGGGCCAGAGCUCAAGAACCUCCCUCCGGUGCCCCCGUGGCCACCCAAGCACCCCGUGGAGGCCUCAACUCCGCUCCGAUCCAUCUUGCGUUCUGUGCCUUCGCCGUCGAGAUCUCGCUCUGCCUCCUUGGCAUCCGAUGAUUCGAAGCGAGGUACACCGGAAGCAGACAGCUCAAACAGCCUCCGCAUCGGCAACUUGGGCGCCGUGCCGCAGUGGCCCUGCGCUGCGAUGCAGCAGGCGGCCAAAUCUCAGCGACGUGCCAGUCAGACGGGCAUUCUCCGCAGAUGCGCACUGGUUUUGGCCAUGAAGCACUGGCAAGCGUUUCGAAGAGGUUGCCAUCAACUUCGCUUGGCUUGGCGGGCCUGGCGGAUGGAGCUCCAAGACGGGAUAGACGCACGCCCAGGCCGCGCUCUUCACGACGAUCGGCUCCUCUGCCGGGCCUUCAACUGCCUCCGCCCACCGAAGCAAUCGGCAGAGCUCCGGCGGCAGCUGGCUCUGCAGGCGGCGCUUCUGCUCCAGUCCGUCCUUCGCCGCUGGCGCCAGCGCUGCGAAGACGUGCAGCGUGCGGGCACAGUUCUCCGGGCCGCGGCUUCGAAGUGGCGCCUUGGGCUUUGCUGGAUCCCAUGGUGUGAGCUUGCUCGAGGGGCAGAGAAACUACCUGCAGUCUCAUGGGAGAUCUCUGCAAUUUCGACAGACUCGGGCUCUGCUUUGGAGCGCAGCCGUGCCUCUCAGCGAUCCGAGGGCCCUGGGCGCGGGAGCAGCUGCUCGGAGCUUUUCGUGGAGACGCGGAUGCGCCAAGUGUCCCGCGUAGCCGCAGGGCUGCGGCUGCGUGCCGCCGCAGGGGCGCGGCACUUGGCGCAGCUCCUCCGUGCUUGGAGCCAGGUCUUGAGGGCGAAGCGAUUCGACAUGCGAAAGGCAGCACGCCAGCGGAAGGAUGCGCUGCAUUCUUUGCUCUGCUGGCAAUCCGCCACUCGUUUGUUUCGCCGACUGCGCCGCCUCACAUUGGAGCGCAGGUACCUCUUGCUCCAAGGAAGCUUUACCACUUGGUGGCAGCGGCGCGGGUGGCGUUUGGCCGUGAGUCAGCUGUGGCAUGCGGCGGAACAGCGUGUCCUAAGGAAGGCGGCAUGCUGCUGGCGCCAGCAUUUUCUUGCAGGACAGCUUCGCCUGAGCGGCUUCCUCGCAGUUGAGAGGAAGGCGGCCGGCUGGAAGGCCUGGUGCCUUGCGGUUCGCAUCUUGCGUGGGCAGCGCCGGGCCAAACGGCUGUUCUUCUUCUGGCGUGCGAAGCUGCAGGCAGCCCGCCGGUGCAAGUUGCGACGCUGCGUCCGCGUCUGGGUCGGGUGCAGCCGUGGACGCGGCACUCUCGCCAGGUCGGCCUUUCGCUCCUGGCGGGCACUCUUCUGUGGAGCCCAGCAGCGCAGACUGGAGCUCUGCUAUGAGGGAUGGCGGCAGCAUCACCAGGCCUUCAAGCAAGCCAGCACCCUGGCACUCGUCGCCAGGACGAGGCGCUGCCACGUGGCGUGGAAGGCAUGGCGGCGGCUGCUGCGCCUCCGUGAUGCCUGGAACGCAGCUCGAGAGCUGCGUGGGGGCUCCCGCGCGCGCCAGGCUUUGGCUUCAUGGCACCGUGCGUUGCGGCACCGAGCAAUCUGUUGCUUGGAGAAGAAGCAGCUCGGGCAUGCUUCUUUGCAACUAUGGCGGUGUGCCGCCCAUGUGGAACAUCGAGAACGGGCAAUCAUGCGCGCAGCUCUGGCGUCCUGGAUUGCUGCAGUCAGCAGGGUGCAAACGAGGCGGCUCGGCCUGAGUCUCCGUGCCUGGCGACACUGGGCCUGGUCAAGAAGCAAGCUGAGGUCCCAGCUUCAGCUUUGGAAUCUCUUCCGGACGAAGUCGAGGCAGCAGCGCCUGUCUCUUCGACUGCGUCGAUGGAGCUUCCUCGCGAAGGCCGGUGCGUCGGACCGCCAGCACCUCGCACAGCUGCUGCGCGCCUGGAUGCGUGAGUGUUCACUCACAGCGGACCUGGUACGGGAGACCGCGCUGCGGCGCUUGCUUCUUGCAUGGCGCUGUGUGCCCUGGCGCUCGCGAGCCGCUGGGCGUCUCCUGGCCGCGGCCCUGGCCGGAUGGCGCAGCGCCGCUCUGCUCGGCCGUGCCACCCGUGACCGCCAGCUGCAGCGCUGCAUCCGCCUCUGGCAGGCUGCAACUGCAGAGCGCCAGGUCCUGGACAUGGCGUGGGUCGCAUGGCAACUCUUCCACUCCUCGCUGUGCCUCCUGCGGCUCCGCCGUUGUUUCUGGCUUUGGCGCCGGCAGAAGGCGUGGCGGAGCGAAGGAGGUGUGGUGAAGCAGGUCGUAGCCAGCUGGAGGCAGCGGGCGUCGCUGGCCACAGCCACGCUCCCGUUGCGAGCUUGGCACGGUCUCCUUUGCCGUCGGCGGCGCUGGCGCCCGUUUGGUGCUGGUUUGUUGCAGAGAUGGCGUUCGGCCACGUUCGAGGCUCGUGGUUUGAAGAGGAAAGUGCUCGCUGCCUGGAAGCGAAGCCUCCAGCUCGCAAGGCGCUGCCGACUGAGAAAGGCCCUCACCGCCUGGCACUUCGCACAGAUGCAGCGCAGGCAGCGGCUUCAGCUCGCGGAGGCGGUGCUUUGCAGCUGGGCAAAUGCUGUGGAUGCGAGGAAGAGCUUUGCAGUCCGCAUGCGCCACUUCUGGCGCUGCUGCGAGCGAAGUUUGGUGUUGGCUGCAGAAGCCAAUGCCCGAGUGGCCGCUCGCUGCCUGUCUGCCUGGAGGCACCGGAGCCUGCGCCGCUCUGAGCGAUGCCGGCGCCAUGCCGCGGCACUCCAGGCCAUCAGGUUGCAGCCCCUCCGCCGUGCUUUUCGCGGCUUGCAUGCUGCCUGCAGAUACCAAGGUCAGCAGCGGCAGUUGGUUCAAGUCCUCAACAACUUGACUCAGCUUGCUGCAGGGCACCUGCGUUGCGCCUUUGCCAGGCUCUGCGUGCCCGGGCGGGUCGCCGCGCGAGUGCGCGACGUGGCCCUGGCGAGGCAAAGCCUGGCUUGGGAGGUCCUGGUCGAAAACAUCAGCACGAGCCAGCGCCACAAGGCAGGGCUUUUCCGCCUCCAGCAGCUGAUGCUUCUCCGCGGCUUUCUGGCGCUCCUGGCCGGGCCGCGCCGUGCCAGACACCAAGCAGCAGAACGGGAAUCUCGUGUGGAAGGUCUCCGACACCGCUCUUUGGAAAGGUUGGCUUUGCUCUUCCUGCUCGCCUGGAACCGGGCCGCAAAACGCAGCUGCUUGUCGGACUACCUCUUGAGGUGGCGCCGCAGUGCUGCAAUCAGCCGCGCUUGCCGGUCCGAUGAAGACUUCGCCGGGGCGCCCCGGGAAGUCUGGCGGAGGUGGGCCUGCAGAGCCGUGCAGGGGAAUGGUUGCACCACGUUCAGCACUUCCUUUGCCCGGUUGGCUGGAACAGCAUCGCUGAUGCUCAUAGACCUGCACAGAAUCGAAGACGGAGCACUUCACCGUGCAGGAGCAGUUUGGAGGGCAUUGUGCACCUUUGCAGUUCUCCUCGGCGACAUCGAGACGGAGUUUCUGCAGGCGCCGGCGUUUUUUGUCAGCCGCCAGCUUCGCUCAUCGGAGGGCCUUGCAGCGAGCCUUCGGCCACUGGGCCGUGGCAAAGCACUGCGGUUGUCUCCGCCGCUGGGCACUACAGGUGCCUCGGUACUGUGCGGCCACGUUGACGCAACGGCAAGCAGCGGACAUCGAAGCGCCGAACUCCACAGCGCUGUGGCACAGCGCGCUGAGAGUCGCCCGGCUUCCGUGCGCUUCAGCAGCCUAGCCGCCAAAGCGAGCACGGCCCAGGCUUGGGAACGGCAGCCGCACGCAGUCACGCCAGCAGUCGCCUCGGGGCAAGAGUGGGACUGCUUGGAACGCUCUGGAAAAGACGAAAUGGAGUCGUUCGGCAUCUUUCCAGGGUUGCCUGCUGGAGAAUAUGGAUGGGAUGCCUGUGAGGGAUUUCAGGGGCUCAUGAAUGUCAGGGUGCCGCCGCAACAAUUUGAUCCUGCCGGCAUGGUGCAGUUGCGCGAUGGCAUUGCCAAGGCCUCGCGGCUGCCGCAGCUGCAGGGACACUCGUUGCGACUGCGCCCCUGCGUCUCAGCUGCGCCCCUGUGGCCCCGCGCUGUGUAUGGGCACCGCUUCAAGCUGCCCCAGAAGCUGCCGCAGGGGCUGAGGUAUUGCGCGGAUUUCAUCAGCGAAGCAGAGGAGCGGGAACUCGACCAGCUGCUUUCAACCGGUCCAUGGUUGAGGCACAUCAAGAGCCGAGCCCAGCAGUUUUUCGGGCUGGUCUACUACCAGACAACCCAGCAGCUCCCCGCGCUCCAGCCCUCCGAGCUUUCCGCACAGAACGAGGCUCGCUCCAUGGAGGACUUGCCGGAGUGGCUAAUGCAGCGGGUUCUGGCCACUGGUGCUUUCCCGCGGGAGGGUGAAAUCAACCAGGUCGCGGCGAACGAGUACCUGGAAAGGGUGGGUACAUGCACGGAAGAGGAAGCUUUUCUGCACCCUAUCCGCCAACUCACUGGCGUCAUAUGCCAGUGUAUGACAGCAAGACGAUGCAUCUCCUCGCACAUGGAAGAGCCCACUGCUUUUGGCCGCAACCUGGGCACGCUCUCGAUGCUGUCACCGGUGCAGAUGACGCUGACUCCUGCAGAGGAGGAUUUGCACGGACGCGACGGCUUGGAUCAUGGGAACUGGGUAAAGAUUCUUCUCGAGCCGAGAAGCUUCCUCCUGCUGCAAGGCGAAAGCCGUUACGAAUAUCGUCAUGGAAUUCGCCGCUCAAAGCUGGUUCAGCUAGGCGAUGGCCAAAUCCUGCGAAGGGAAGCAGGUUAUCGUCGCGUGUCCCUCACCUUCCGAGAACUACUCCAGAGCCGCAGACAGCUGAGCGACACUGCUACUGACGGCAAGGAGAUCCGGUGGAUUUCCCGCAGGGAAGAAAACUGA